CCCGGAGCCGGAGAGAGCGUCGCGGGAGGCAUUUGGCUUCCCGCGGGCCAGAGAUCGCCGCCGCUGGAGAGGACAGGCCACUGGCCUCGGUGGCUGAGAUGGAGCCUCUGUUCCCCACCUCCACACCAGCGGGCUGGAACACCUCCUCCGCAGCUACCAGUGGAGGUGGUGAGAAUGGGACGAUGGCGGGGCCCGCGCCCUCACCGGGGGCCCGCGCGGUGGUGGUGCCUGUGAUUUAUCUGCUGGUGUGCACAGUGGGACUGGGUGGCAAUAUGCUGGUCAUCUACGUGGUGCUGCGCCAUGCCAAGAUGAAAACGGUGACCAACAUCUACAUCCUCAACCUGGCAGUGGCCGACGUGCUCCUCAUGCUGGGGCUGCCCUUCCUGGCCACGCAGAACGCCGUCUCCUACUGGCCCUUUGGCCCCGUGCUCUGCCGCCUGGUUAUGACGCUGGAUGGCAUCAACCAGUUCACCAGCAUCUUCUGCCUGACGGUCAUGAGUGUGGACCGCUACCUGGCCGUUGUCCACCCCAUCCGCUCCACACGGUGGCGUCGCCCACGAGUGGCCAAGCUGGCCAGCGCUGCGGUCUGGACCUUCUCGCUGCUCAUGUCUCUGCCGCUGGUGGUCUUCGCGGACAUCCAGGAAGGCUGGGAUACCUGCAACCUCAGCUGGCCGGAGCCUGUGGGCCUGUGGGGAGCCGUCUUCAUCAUCUACACGUCCGUGCUGGGCUUCUUUGGGCCACUGCUGGUCAUCUGCCUGUGCUACCUGCUCAUCGUGGUGAAGGUGAAGGCAUCGGGUGUGCGCGUGGGGUCCGCACGGCGGCGCUCAGAGCGCAAGGUGACGCGCAUGGUGGUGGUGGUGGUGCUGGUGUUCGUGGGCUGCUGGCUGCCCUUCUUCAUCAUCAACAUCGUCAACCUGGCCGUCGUCCUGCCCGAGGAGCCCGUUGCCGCUGGCACCUACUUCUUCGUGGUCAUCCUGUCCUAUGCCAACAGCUGCGCCAACCCUGUGCUCUAUGGCUUCCUCUCUGACAACUUCCGCCAGAGCUUCCGGAAGGUUCUGUGCUUCCGCAAGGACUAUGGCACUGAGGACGUGGAUGCCACGGAGCCACGGCCCAACAAGAGCAGCCGGCUACAGGAGGCCACGCUGGCCACACGCAGCUCUGAGGCCAAUGGGCUCAUGCAAACCAGCAGGUUGUAGAAGGCCCCUGGCGGCCCCUGCCUGGUCUGAAUUUCCCGCUGGGCAGGGCCAUAGGCCAAGCCCUCCCCUAAGACACGGGCCCUGUUGAGGUGCCCCCCAGCAGCCUGGAUGCUCUCCACGGUGUGAGGACAGCUGUCUGGGGGCAAGGCUGUGGGUGGUCCUGCAGUGUCGGGCUGCCACUUCCACCUGCCUAUUCUCAUGCAGGCCAGGGUUCGGGGGUCUUAGGGGGUGGGCGGGAGAGGCCCAGGGGUACCAGCCUCCCAGGCCAGGGGAGUGGCCAUUAGUGUGAGCUGCGUGACCGCCCACCCAGCCCUAUCUUCUCAUCACACGUGCCCUUCCUCAGCUCAGCCCUGCUUCACCUGGUCAGCAUCAAGUGCUACUCUGUGACAUUAAAGAUGCUGAAUGUGCUGGGUUCUGGCCUAUGCCCCACCCCCUCCACCCCUGCCUUCUGGGACCUGGGAGCUAUUGACUUUGGAGGUGGCAGAUGUGAGGGAAUAAGCUGCAAACGCCCCCAGGGCAUCUACGUGAUGCCAGAGGAGACUCCUGGCCUGCCAAGCCAACCCCGCUACUGCAUCUCCCUUCCUGCUGGCCCCUGGCCCCUGGUGUGGGGAGCCAGGCGCCGGGGCCAUUUGUUCCACUGUGGGAGUGUGUGGGGAAGAAGGCAGCAAGCACAAAGGGGCUGAGGUUGGAGGUGGGGAG